AUGGCCAACACUUCGUCAUUGUCUGCUCCUCAAAAAGAUUUCAUCAAGAUGGCUCCUACUGAGAAAAGGCGCGCUGAUCGCAUCAAGCUUAUUGAUCCAACCCUGCUUGAUAUUGCUCCGAAGCGCAAGCCCAAUGUUCCGGACUUCUUCUACGCGAUUCCUGAGCCCCAGGUGGUAACUUAUCCAGAUAAAGAAUCUACCUCCAGCAGUGACGAUUCUGAGCACGAGCCCGAAGAUGCUCCUAUCCGGGCCGCGAUUGAGCCCACUGCUGCCCAUAGAGCAGCGAAGGCGGGUGACAUCGCUGCCGUCGAGCAUCUAGCCAAGAACCUGGGCUCUGAUGCUGCCCGUGUUAGAUACUUCAGCACUCCCACUGCUCACUACAACGAGUAUCCCGUGCUGCUAGCCCUCCGCUACGGUCAUUGGAACGUUUUCAAGACUCUCGUCGAGAACGGGGCCAAUCCCCAUUGCACCAACGCAAUGAAAGACACUAUCUACGACUGGCCCGAAGAGCGCGGAGUCUACACGAAGGACGAUCUUGACGCGAUUGUUCGCUAUUGGGACCGCGUCUAUGGCUCCCGAUUUGACGAGCUUUGCGGCAACACUCCCAAAGGCCGUGCCGUCGACGGUUUGCGCAUUCCUGAUGAUGGCCGCAAGUACUACUAG